ACAUGUCUGACAGGGGCCAGUGUGACUGGGAGAUCCAUUUUCUGCAGUAAUUGGAAGCAGAUGUGGGACAGGAUUCAUGCUGGCUUCUCUGACAGACUCGCUUUCCUAUGUAGAGAAUCCGUGCUGUACCUCCCUUUCCUAUUCAGUCCCUUUCUAAGAAGAAAUGAUCCACAAACUGGCCAAUAGCUGCCAGUAAGAAUGACAGAAAUGAGGAGAGAGACUGACCGUUUACAACUGCACAGCCUCGGGACGUUUAGAACUAUGUAACUACAUACCGUCUGCGGCAGUCCAGUUACUGAGAUGUGGAAUCUAUAGACGCAGGAACAAAGCAGCGAUAACUGGGGUUAUAUGCGACAUAAAUAUUUGGGAGAACUUGAUUCUUCAGGUAAAAGAAAGAUGAUAAAGAAAAGACAAGUUCUAUUCAUCCUAUACGUGUUCCUGCAAAUCUUGAGUUCUGUGGAGUCGCAGGUCAAUCCAGCUGUCUGCCGUUACCCUCUGGGCAUGUCUGGAGGCCAGAUUCUUGAUGAAGAUAUUACAGCGUCAAGCCAGUGGUCGGAAUCUACAGCCGCCAAAUAUGGAAGGUUGGAUUCAGAGGAUGGGGACGGAGCUUGGUGUCCAGAAUUACCGGUCGAUCCAGCAGAGCUCACUGAAUUCCUCCAGAUCGAUUUACGUGUUCUUCAUUUCAUAACAUUAGUUGGUGUUCAGGGUCGCCACGCUGAAGGCCAUGGUAAUGAAUAUGCCCAGAUGUUUAAAAUCAACUACAGUCGUGAUGGCACUCGUUGGAUCUCCUGGAGGAAUCGACAUGGAAGACAGGUACUUGAUGGAAAUGUGAACGCAUAUGACAUUGUUUUAAAGGAUCUAGAACCCCCAAUUAUUGCCAGAUUUCUCCGCUUCAUCCCAGUGACUGACCACCCUAUGAAUGUUUGUCUAAGAGUAGAGCUGUAUGGCUGCGUAUGGCUAGAUGGACUCGUAUCCUACAAUGCUCCAUCAGGACAGCAGUUCAUUCUACCUGAGGGUCAGACCAUCUACUUGAAUGACACAAUAUACGACGGGGCUGUUGGUUACAGCAUGACAGAAGGCCUCGGGCAGCUAACAGAUGGUGUCUCCGGACUCGAUGACUUCAGUUUGACCCAUGAGUACCAUAUGUGGCCUGGAUAUGAUUAUGUUGGUUGGAGUAAUGAAAGCUUCACAAAUGGUUAUGUGGAGAUCAUGUUUGAAUUCGAUCGGAUAAGAAAUUUCACCACCAUGAAGGUUCAUUGUAACAAUAUGUUUUCCAAGAAUGUGAAGAUGUUCAAGGAGGUGCAAUGUUUCUUUCGCUCUGAGGCCAACGAGUGGGAAACCAAUUCGGUUUAUUCCGUUUUAGUGUUGGAUGACACAAACCCCAGUGCUCGAUAUGUCACGGUACAACUCAACAAUCGCAUGGCAAGGGCCAUCAAAUGCCAUUAUUACUUCGCUGAUUUUUGGAUGAUGUUUAGUGAAAUCACCUUCCAGUCUGAUGCUGCAAUGUACAACAAUUCAUUGAGCCCACCACAGUCAGCAAGUGUUCCUACCACGUAUGAUCCAACACUGAAGGUAGAUGACAGCAAUACCCGCAUUCUGAUUGGCUGCUUAGUUGCAAUAAUUUUUAUUCUUGUGGCAAUUAUCGUUAUAAUACUCUGGCGACAGUUUUGGCAAAAGAUGCUUGAAAAGGCAUCCCGACGGAUGUUGGAUGAAGAGCUGACGGUUAGCCUCUCAAUCCCGAGUGAUUCCAGCAUGUACAAUAACAACCGCCGCCAUGAUUCGGUCUCAGCCAGUGAGCAGGAGUCUAACUCCACCUAUGAUAGGAUAUUCCCACUGGGACCAGAUUACCAGGAGCCGAUGCGGCUAGUACGGAAGUUACCGGAGUUCAAGGUCCAAGCACUGGGAGAAGAGGAAACCGAACUUAGUUGUGUUGGAAAAAACCUUUUGGGUGCUGGUGCAGAUAGCGUGCCACAUUACGCGGAGGCAGAUAUAGUGAAUUUACAAGGAGUGACCGGUGGAAACACAUACUCCGUCCCGGCCAUAACGAUGGACCUCCUGACUGGUAAAGAGGUGGCUGUUGAAGAGUUUCCAAGAAAUCAUCUAACCUUCAAAGAGAAACUGGGGGAAGGUCAGUUUGGAGAGGUGCACCUCUGUGAGGCUGAAGGAGUGGAAGAAUUCCUGGACAAAGACUUAAUUCUAGACGCUACCGCUAGCCAGUCCACCUUAGUGGCUGUGAAAAUGCUGAGAGCCGAUGCCAAUAAGAAUGCCAGGAAUGAUUUUCUGAAAGAAAUUAAAAUAAUGUCCAGAUUAAAGGAUCCCAAUAUCAUCCGACUCCUGGCAGUGUGUAUAGCCGAGGACCCGCUCUGCAUGAUUACAGAAUAUAUGGAGAAUGGGGACCUCAACCAGUUCCUAUCACGCCACCAGCCAGAAGGUGGCACUGCUGUGAUCAGUUACAAUGACCUUAGGCACAUGGCUGCACAGAUUGCUUCUGGGAUGAGAUAUCUUUCAUUACUUAACUUCGUACACAGAGAUCUCGCCACUAGAAAUUGCUUGGUGGGAAGAAAUUACACCAUUAAAAUCGCUGACUUUGGCAUGAGUCGAAACCUCUAUAGUGGUGACUAUUACCGGAUCCAGGGCCGCGCUGUGCUCCCCAUUCGAUGGAUGUCCUGGGAGAGCAUCUUAUUGGGUAAAUUCACCACGGCUAGCGAUGUGUGGGCCUUCGCAGUAACUUUGUGGGAAACAUUCACUUUCUGCCGGGAACAGCCGUACAGUGAGAUGUCAGAUGAACUGGUGAUUGAAAACACAGGAGAGUUUUUCAGGGAUAAAGGCAAACAGGUUUACCUUCCUCAGCCUGACAUCUGCCCAGACAUGGUGUACAAGCUGAUGCUGAGCUGCUGGAGACGAGAAACCAAAGAUCGCCCUAGCUUCCAAGAGAUCUACGAACGUUUGCAGCCGGAGGCCGUAAUAGAGGAAUGAGCCCUCUUAAUAUGCAUGCCUAAUAGUCGAUAAUCUCAAUUUAAAAAGCUGGACAGUAUUUCUCAAGAUUUGGGCUUAUCAACAUAAAAUACAGACUAUAGAGACUGUUUACUUGUGUGAAUGGCAAUUGUAAUACAUACCCAAUAAGUAAUUCCAGCUAUUGUGACUUUGUUGUUAAAUUAAUGGCAAUCUAGCUGUACUUUGAUGUGCAGGUCUAGAAUGUUUAACCCUUCCAUGAAAUUGAGGCAUAAAGGAAAGUAAGCAUCAUAUCCUUUAUUUUCUCAUAUGCCAAUGGACUCACUUUCUCGUUCACCUUUGGGAUAGGACUUUGUCCAGGAAGACACCGCAACUAGAAACAUGAUAUUAAUGGGGGUCCAGGAUAAAACCGUGUGGUCGCCUUAAAUUGCAUUGCUUCAUCAUAUUUUUUAAAAUAACUGUUUUACGAAGGUGUGCACCAAAGAUUAGCACAAUUCCAAA